AUGCAGUACAAGAUCACAGACGACGAGAGUGAAGCGAGCGCCAUGUACAAACAAUUGCGGGCGGCCGAGGAAGGAGCCGUGUCGCAGCCAGGGGGUAAAGAUGGACGAGGACGCAAGAAGGUCGAGGAGCUGCACAGUGAACUUGAUGACUCGCGACGCGAGAAUGGUCGGAUGGCGGCAUCAAUGGAGGAGCGUGAGCGGGCGGCCCAGCACGCUUAUCGCGAGCGUGACGAGAUGGCACAACUCCUGGCGCAACGAAGUGCUGAGCUCGAGGCGGCACAGGCGUUCCUCCCACGGUCUGAAUCGGUCUCCGAUAGUGAUAUUGUUGAGCUCGUCGAGGCUCCCGACUAUGAGAUAAUGCAGGCGGUGACAAUCGUAGCGGAGUCUUUCGACGGAGCCCAUCGUAUAGCGGCCUCACCCGAGACUUAUGCCGCAAAGCGGAAGGUGAAGGUAUUGUGA